UUUUGAACGUCUUCGCGGGCGACAAGGGGAGACCGAGCGGAGCCGACGACGACCGAAGGUCAUCCCACUCCGACUCAUCCACCUCCAGUCACCACCGACUCAGACGGUCCAACAUAUAACAUAACGAAACAAACUCUCUUCUUUCUCUGUUCGAUGCUGUUUUUUCCCUUGUUAUUUCCCCCCGAUUCGUUUUCCCUCAUUUCCAACUAGCCUCCCCCCGCGCGUUCCCCGCCUCAGGUAAAUCUACAUUUAAAUCUAAAUGUAGAUAAGUAAACGUAUAAUGUCGUCUAUGCUACCUUUUACGCCGCCUAUAGUCAAACGUCUCCUCGGUUGGAAAAAAAGCCAAUGCGAAGAUAAGUGGAGUGAAAAGGCCGUCAAAAGCCUUGUGAAGAAGCUGAAAAAGUCAAACGGUCUCGAAGAGUUGGAAAAGGCCAUCACGACACAAGAUCCGGCCACUAAGUGCAUUAUUAUACCGAGUUUACGCCCGGAGAAACAGGACAAAUCAAAUUUCAGAGGUGCUGUGGUUUCACAGAGAAAAGGUCUUCCCCAUGUAAUUUACUGUAGACUGUGGAGGUGGCCGAACUUACACUCACACCACGAAAUCGCUCCGAUUGAAUCCUGCACGUACGGAUUUGGUCACAAAAGAGACGAAGUCUGCGUCAACCCUUACCACUAUACGAAGAUUGAGCAUCCGAGCGUUGGUGUAGUAGUCGGAAGGGUGGAGGGGGCAGUAGUCGAGGGGCAGGCGGGCCCAGGCCCAGCCGAAACCUCUGGAUAUAUCUCUGAAGAUGCGGAUAACAUGGAUCAGAAUGAUAGCACAAGCUUGAGUCCAACUCCAGCGAUAGACACGCAGCCAGUUAUGUACUGCGAACCAUUGUUUUGGUGUUCUAUCAGCUAUUAUGAAUUAAAUACAAGAGUCGGUGAGACUUUUCAUGCCUCCCAACCUUCAAUCUCAGUUGACGGCUUUACUGAUCCGAGUAACUCGGAGAGGUUCUGCCUCGGUCUGUUGUCUAAUGUCAAUAGAAACAGCGUAGUCGAACAAAUUAGAAGACACAUAGGAAAGGGGGUCCGUUUGUAUUAUAUCGGUGGCGAAGUUUUUGCCGAAUGUCUGUCGGACUCUGCAAUCUUCGUCCAAAGCCCAAAUUGCAACCAGAGGUACGGUUGGCAUCCAGCUACGGUUUGCAAGAUCCCACCUGGUUGCAACUUGAAAAUUUUCAACAACCAGGAAUUUGCAGCACUCCUUUCUCAAUCUGUAGGCCAGGGUUUUGAGGCCGUUUACCAACUGACUCGUAUGUGUACUAUAAGAAUGUCUUUUGUCAAAGGCUGGGGGGCGGAAUACAGGAGGCAAACUGUCACGUCUACACCUUGUUGGAUCGAAUUACACCUAAACGGACCCCUUCAGUGGUUGGACAGAGUUUUAACACAAAUGGGUUCCCCAAGGCUACCAUGCAGCUCAAUGUCUUAAUAAGUAAUGGAGUAACUUCUGUUGCACACCAUUUCGUACUAUGUUUGAUGAACACUGUCACCAGUAAUGUCAUAGUUCCUAAUGUUUGCGUUUCCCUAGGGCUGUGCUCGAAAAGCCUACACAAGAUGAAAAAAGAAAAUUGAAUAUAAUUCCGAUUCUGUGAAAACAAGGAUGCACCUAAGGCAUCAUAAGACCUCAUAUUUUCUACCUCAAGGGGAUCGCAUAUUUCUAAAUCCUAGCUUCCCUCUGUGAGAAUUAAGGAUACUUACGCCUUUGUUAUGAUUAAGAAAGUUUUGCAACGUUUUUCCUAACGUCACUUUCAAUAGUUUUUCCUGCUCAGAGAUAAGCACGAGUAAGGACUGUUCCUUUAAUUUCGUCCAUUAUAAUUUAAAAAAACAAAAGUAUUGUACAGCCCUAGAAUCUAUUAAUUCGUACUCAAUGCAGCUAGGAACAGGAAGUAUGGUGCUAAUGUUGAUUUAUAGUACUGACAAUUUGCCUAACUCUAUCUCCAAUCUAAGUCAUUUAAUUUGGAGCUUUUCAAAAAUAAUGUUAAUUAUUUUUAAACAAGGAAUUUGUGGUGUGAAAGGUUUUCAUCCACAUUUGUUUGUAACCAGUCAGAAAAAAAAGUUAAACUGAAAAAUUAUAUUUGUAUUGUCCGUUUUAAAUUAUUGUUUCGUCUCGAGAUUCUGACAUAUUGUCGAGCUUUAAAAUUUGUGUGUGUUAUCAUGUGAAAGUAUAAAUAAUAAUUACAUCCGUCAAGGAGUUUCCUUUUGAACUGCUUGUAAAAUAUUUUCGGUUAAAAAUUAGAACUGUUGACAUCAGAUUUUUUUUUUUUUUUUUUUUUUGUUAUUGUUGCAGUGUGACAUGUUUACUUCUUUCACAAUCUCUUGAACACGGAAUUCUUUUUUUUCUAUAUAAAUUAUGUUGUGAUAUUAAUUUUUAGGAGACCAAAUCUGGUAUUGAUUUUAGUUUAAAAAAACGAAUGUAUUUCUUUUUAAAUUAAAAACAAAGCAUUUCCUGUAAAGGAAUUUAAAAAAGUGUACAUUAAAGUAUUUCACAUUGUUUGUCCCUCCUUGAAACCAUUUUUUAAAAUUAGUUUCAAUUUACCGUUAAUCCCCAAAUCUGUGGCAUGUUUCAGUUUUCAAGUUAUUUUUUCUUGUUUGGGACCCACCUGAUGCCCUCUAAGCGAGCCCCAUGAUCGACUCGAAUCUCUGGAUAUCCCUUAGUAGCUAUCAUACAGUAGUGGGUUGUUGUUAAAUCUUGCCCAAGGCUUAGUAUGUCCCAUCUCAAUUUCCUUAAUCUACUCUUGGAUAAGGCGCAGGAGCAGAUCAUCGGGAUUAUGGAAAAUAUAAUUUUGAUUAUUCCGGCUGUGUUCUCUUUUUUUAUCUUUUCUGUAGAGAAUAGAUACCUCCAUCCCCAGUAUCAAGCAAACAAUAACUUGAAUACGCUGCUGUAAAUAUGUUGCAAGUACCGAUAACAGUCAGCUACGGCAUUCUGUUUUUCUUCAAAUACUAAAAAAUUUCGUACAUCUAUUCGAACCCAA